AUGCGUGAAGUCAGAGAGGAGCGUCCCGCGGCAGCCGCCGCAAAAGCAGCGGAGGCGAAGGGAGUUUUUUCGCUCGGCGGGCAGGAAACCAGAUUUUCAGGCCCUGCGAGCGCAGACGUGGCAAUUCCCUUUUCCCUUUGUUUUUUUCCUUUUUGCCGACUCGGCUGUUGCAGGCAACCCCGCAUGGGAGACGGCGGUGAGGAUGGCACAGAAGAUCUCGAGCAGCGCGGCGGAGACUUUCCCCUGAGAGCAGCCUCGGGACAGCGGAGGGAAGAAGGGACAGCGCUCCGAUGGACGACGGCCACUCCAUCAACCAGGAGCCCCAGCCUUCCACGGGGCAAAGCUUCAAGGUUUACAAGCGGCGCUGGUUUGUCCUGACGGCCGUCUGCGUGCUGAAUUGCUCCAAUGCGAUGCUAUGGCUGACGUUUGCUCCAGUGGCUGACAUAACAGCUGAACGAUUCCAUACCUCACUGGAUAUGGUCAAUUGGCUCGCCAUUGUGUACUUCGUGGUAUCAGUUCCUGUGGGACUUCUAGCAAUAUGGAUUCUGGACUCCAUCGGACUCAGAUGCUCUGUGCUACUCUGCGCCUGGCUCAAUAUGGUGGGCAGCAUCAUUCGUGUUUUCAGUGUUAUUGAUAGCCUGAGCUUAGGCUCCCUAAACUACGUCUACCUUCUUGUAGGACAGUGCCUCUGUGCUGGGGCCCAGCCACUCAUCCUCUUUUCCCCAACCAAACUAGCGGCCCUAUGGUUCCCUGAAGACCAACGAGCCACAGCCAAUAUGAUUGCCUCUAUGUCCAACCCAUUGGGCAUGCUCAUAGUUAACCUGUUGUCACCGACAAUUGCUCCAGAAGCGAAAGAUAUCCCUUUACUGAUUGGGCUGUCUGCAGUGCCUGCUAUCCUUGGCUGCCUCAUGUCCACCUUCGGUGUUUGCAGUAGUGUUCCCCCAACUCCACCGUCAGCAAGUGCCGAUAAUUUAAAUUCACCAACUUUCUGUGAAGGUUUGAAAAUGCUCAUCCGAAAUAAGCCUUACAUCAUCCUGACCCUCUGCUUUGGCACGGGGAUAGCCCUGUUCACAUGUCUCAGUUCUCUGUUGGAACAGAUCCUGUGCGUCAACGGAUAUUCCAAUUUUUUUGCAGGUUUGACUGGAGCCUUGUUCAUUAUAUUUGGGCUCAUUGGUGCCUUCUUCCUUGGACUAUAUGUAGAUAGGACAAAGAAGUUUACAGAAACUACCAAAAUAAGUUUUGUUCUAUCUUCAUUGACUUGCAUUGGAUUUUCAGUGGUAUGUCAGAUGAGAGAACAAACCUACGCUGUGGCAAUAUUCAGCAGUCUUUUUGGGCUUUUUGGAUUUUCUAUCUAUCCCAUCGCGUUUGAACUCAAUGUUGAGUGCUCUUAUCCUGUAGGAGAAGGAACAUCAUCAGGGAUCAUUUUUGUGACCAGCCAGAUCCUAGGAGUCCUCUUCAUACUACUCUUCCAGAGCUUGGCUGUGGAAAAAAAGAAUGCCCCAUUCUCUACCUGUGCUCCAUCCCUAGGUCCACCAAUGGAUUGGACAAAUGCAACACUAGUGAUGGCUGGAAUCACCACUGCGACAACCUGUCUCUUUGUCGUUACAUUUCACACUAAUUACAAGAGGAUCUCUGCAGAAACAUCUCAAAGCUCUUCCAUCAACAAAGCAGAAGAUGAGGACGUCGUAGUAACAGCGUGAGAUGGAACAUUUCUAAAUGAACUCUGGAGUAAGCCCUAAGCCUUAAAACCAGUUGACACCUCAGACACCCCAAGUGCCACAAACUCAAUAAAUUAUAGCUUUGUGAUAAUUGACUGGAAAACAUUGGUUCUUUUCAUUCCUUCUUGUACUUGAAUGUGUAAAUGGCGUGGAAGCAUUUCAAACAGCCACGUCUUCUUCCGAAAGGAAGACAUCAGUAUGAUCCAGUGUGACUGAACAACAGAUUGAUAAACUGAACCAUGCGCUGAAUGAAGCUAAUAGGCAGCUUCAUUUGUUGCCAUUAUUGGAGAUGCCUUUUUCAGAGUUAGGAACAAAGAUUUUCACUUAAAUAGAACUUAAACCUUAGGCAGUGAUGCUAAAUUGCAGCGAAGUUCUGGGUAAUCACUCCUUUUCUACCUAGAAAGCUGUGUAGAGCUGUGAGUUCACCCAGGAUAGUAUAUGGUUUGUUGGGCUCCACUUUGCACUAUACCAAAGUUUAUGGUUUAGUAUGAUUUAUGUACUUGGCUAAUUGUUGCAAAGAAAGCAGAUGCUUGAACCAGCAAAAAAAAAAUCAGGUCUUCCAGCACACCUCAUGUCCAGAGGAUGGUUCAAUGGGAGCAUCUACAUGCAACUGAUAAUAAUUGCUAUGAAGGGCAGAAUUCGGCUGUGAGGCUGGGUAUGUACAGUUUGAGAAGUACCAUCCCAACCACCAAACCAAUGAGGUUGCAAAAACUUCAUAGAUUGCAGAAGAACCAUCAAUACAUCUAGCUGAUGGGAUAUUAUUUGAUAGGAUGGUGGAAGGGAUCAAAAUGGAAGAGCUCUGAACAAGUAGCCCUUUGCCUUACAUUAUUUGUUACAGAUCUUAUUUUAAGUGUUUUGAAUUAUAAAUGGAGUUCCAGAAUUCUGUUUAAUUAAACAAAUUCAAAAAUG